CUGUGGUAAAACAAAUAUUCAUUUAUAAUUGAUUGAUAGCUAAUGAUGAAUAUAAUCCCUGAAUGGUGCAUGUCUGGUAAUAUGUUCUCGAUUACGUGGCGCGUGGCGCGUGAUCGAGUAUUGACCAAUGCGACGAAAGGUUUUGUAAUGUUCACUGUGGGCUGCAGAUGCUAGUCCGAUAAACAAAUUGAGACGAAAUAUAUACCAAUAUUUAAUAGUUGAGGACACACUGCUGCAAUUUUGACGCAUUUUAUUUGUGUAGACGAAUACUUUUAUCACGGAUUCAUAUGAUACGCUCAACACCGGAUUCGCGGAUAUCUGUUCUGGGACAAUCGAACAAAUCGUUAUAUGUUUUCUGGUUCAGUGACCUCAAACUGAUAAGAACCAAAUCGUUCAGAUUCACGAAGAUGCAAGAAGAUGUAGUAUAAUAUAAAUAGCAUGUUGCUUUUCACGUUAUUCGUAGUUUAAAUCCGGCUUCGAAUCGUAACAAAACAUUUUUCUUGUGUGUUAAUGAUUAUUCACGUCCCCCUCAUGAUUUUACAGCGUUUCUGAGGCUUUUUUGAACUUUCCGAGAUUUUUAGUCCGCUAUACGGUUACACGUUACCUCUGCCAAGCUUCUACUUGCCCAGGGAAUACUCUGUUGCUUUGUAUACUAGAUAGCUUCGAAGCGCGCUUUGGAUGUUGGCAAUAGACUCUCUUACUCAAAACAAAAAAAAGAUGAUUGACUACAUGUAUAUGGUGAUUGAUCAUGAUCAGUUGAGUUGAUUCGACUGGCCGGGGGUAAUAAUGUUGCCUUAAGUAUUUGACGGAGCGUUCGUUUGUAUAUAUACCUCCUAAUCGAUAGCUGUUAAAACGAUCAGUCAAUACGCUAGGCCCAGUGAUGUAGUUUUUUUGUUCUUUAUAAAGUAUAGACCGUAGACCCGUUGAGUUAUUUAAGCCCUGAUAAGUACUUCAUAUGCUUGUGUUGAAGGGUCGAGAAACUGCUUGUUUUAACGCUUGUUCAAAACAUAGUCGGAUUUUCUUCGGCAUAGGUAUGAAGUAGGCCUGUCAAACACACACCUUAAAACCAUGUGUAGCCCUUACAGAUUAUAACGUAAAUGAUUUAGCAAGACCUCGACUAUGCAGAACAUUGAUUGGAAAUUGUUUCUAUUCUCUUUCGUGAAAUUGGGAUGGAUAAAUUAAUCCGAUAAACAUGAAACGAACUAAAAACAUUCCGGAGGAUACAACCAUGGCAAAGUUAAGAAGACUAUAUUUAUUUGGAUUAAUACUAAUGCUGGCGUCACCCCUGGGAGCUUGGCACAAUCCAUUCGAGUCAAACCUCGAUUAUCACUGCUGGCCUAUCGAGGCUUCUGCAUCUGACCCUACGCCUUAUGGAUCUUGCCCAGGUGUGACCUUUGAGUGGAUCACUGCUCCACCAUCUUCCAUCAAGCAGUAUUUAGUGUUCAACGUGACUUAUCGGCUAGUCUUAGAUUCAGCAUUUUACAGUUGGGCCGUUGGGCUCGGGAGGUUUGUGGAUCAAGCCACUGGUCUUAAUCAAACGACUGCUGCAAAUGCUGAAUCAUGGUGCGUUUCCACUCAAUGUCCGUCCAAAUCAACGGAUGCAAACUCCGGCAACUGCUGUGUUUACCAUGUCAACGUCCACUCCUGCCCCCACGACAAGCUGGAUGCGUCCAGUCUGUGCGGUCCAUGGAUCAGUCCGUCCGGCGAGUCUUUCACCCAUUCAGAUGUGAUGACGGGCAAUGUCUCUAGGGGCGUUUGGAAAAGUUCCAUUGCCGGCCUGUACGAGAUUGGGCCGGUGUCAUUAAUCGCCCAUUUUAAGAUAGCACGGAUACAUCUGGCUUUGCAUAAACAGGUUACAGUCCAAGAAGCAUAUUCAUGUGAUAAUGGUGUUUGUGAGACGAGCUCUGGUGAGACAUGCUCAAACUGCCCUGCUGACUGCGGGGCAUGUCCCCUAGAAGUAUGGCAGUUAGCCCUCAUCGCCGUCGCCGCAGUAAUUGCCUUCGCCCUUUUCCUUGCCCUUAUCAUCUAUUUUGUACGACAAAAACAGAAAAUGUCAGCCCUACUUUGGGAUGAAAGCUGGGUACUGAACCAUGAGGAUAUUCAGCAAGGAAUUGCACAUGGAUUAUUAAUAGGUUCUACAUACACCGGAAGGCUAUCUCACAGCGAAGGCCAAGGUCUGAAGUUCAUGGGGAGUGCAAUCAGUAUGCAACAAGAAGCUACUCUAUCCCAGAGUGCCCAAGUCAAACAGAUAUUCACCAAAACCGGAAUAUAUGAGGGACGAACGUACGCACUGAAAGAGAUCUACAAGACGAAGUCAUUUCAGUUGACAAAAGCAUUAAGGGAGGAGGUCAGGAGUGUCAGGCAAGUGAUGAACCAUCAAAACCUGUGCAAGUUUGCGGGAGCUUGUGUGAAGGUGCCAAAUGUGUGUGUCCUCAGUGAAUAUUGUCCAAAGGGAAGUCUUACUGACGUACUACAGAAUGAGGAGAUACCACUAAAUUGGGCAUUCAGAUUCUCCUUCUGUACUGAUAUAUGUCGUGGCAUGCAGGCUCUCCACGAUGUGAAGAUAUACCACGGUCGCCUCAAGACAAACAACUGUGUGAUUGACGACAGAUGGACAGUGAAAAUAUCGGAUUAUGGCAUCCAGACCCUCUACAAACAAGAUGAAGACGAGGAAAUUGCCGAUGAAGAGAACGAUGAGUACUAUAAACGUAGAGCAGGCAGGAUAUUCCGGGCGCCAGAGCUGCGAGACUUUCCUGAUGCAAUACCUACUGUGGCAGGAGAUAUAUAUUCAUUCGCUAUUAUACUGAUCGAGAUUGCGAAAAGAACGGAUCCCUACGAGGACGAAGAUCCUGAUUCGAUAACCAACGAUUGGAGACCAAGCCUUCCUGAAAAUAACAAUGACGACCCAGAUAAUAAGUGUCCGUGCCUUGCAGCUUAUAAUAAGCUUAUUCAGCAGUGUUGGGCUGCUGCACCUGCAGAGCGGAUAUUAUUUGAAGAAAUCAAAAAGAUCCUUCACCGAAUCAACCCGAACAAAAUGAGUCCUGUCGAUCUCAUGAUGGCCAUGAUGGAGAAGUAUUCAAAGCACUUAGAGGUUAUAGUUGGGGAAAGGACACAAGACCUCGUGGCUGAGAAGCAGAAAACAGACAGAUUACUUUACAGUAUGCUUCCACAAGCCGUCGCUGACGAGCUGAGGCUAGGGAAAGACAUUAAGGCGCAGCAAUAUGGAAGCUGUACAAUUUACUUCAGUGACAUUGUUGGUUUUACCAGCAUAUCAGGAGGCAGCACUCCUUUUGAGGUGGUCGCGUUACUCAAUAAGUUGUACACAUGCUUCGACAGUAUCAUUGACAAAUACGAUGUGUACAAAGUUGAAACAAUAGGUGAUGCCUACAUGGUUGUGUCAGGAGUUCCAAAAGAGAAUGGUAUCUUACAUGCAAGAGAAGUUGCCUGUAUGUCAUUGGAUCUGGUGGCUGAAUGUCGUACGUUCGUCAUACCACACAUGCUGAAAGAACCACUUAAAAUACGGGUGGGGUUGCAUUCAGGGAGUGUUUGUGCUGGUGUUGUGGGGCUAAAGAUGCCAAGAUAUUGCUUGUUUGGUGACACAGUGAAUACAGCAUCCAGGAUGGAGUCCAACGGGGAAGCCUACCGCAUCCAUCUCAGCGAAUUUACAUACGCACAUCUCCAUAAUAUCGGCGGAUUCACAUGUGAGAAAAGAGGAACGAUACCCAUAAAGGGAAAGGGGGACAUGACGACGUACUGGCUGACGGGGAAAACCCUCACGAUUCCGUCUCCGGUUAAGGAACUCAAAAAGGAAGCCCCGAAAGAGUUCACUAGCCUUGACGACAAUGAUGAGAGUAACUCAUUACCAAAUGUCGUGGUUGAGCCAAAGACAGUAGCAGUGAUUAACCGGAAGAUAAGUUCAUCCAACGACUCGGGCUAUAACGAGAAGUACACUACGCUUGAUGAUUCGAAGAUUACCCCGGAAGAAACGCAUUCCAAUGUGUCGCUAAUUUCAGUUCGAGAAAAGGCUGAAGAAACCAAUGGUGACUGAAAAGACAUUAAUGCACUAUUUUUUUGAGUCAUCAAACGAAAGGUACAUAUCGUUAUAUAUUUGGAAGUUCUAUAUCUGGGUACCGAGAUGAGCCCAUCAAACUAACCAUUUCUUGACCCAUGGAUGUCUCGAAAGAUCAACAUUUCUUUCGCAAUCGAAGAGAUUACAUUGGAUUAACCUCACAGGAAAGAAGGAUUCGGUGCUUCUAGCUGAACAGCGAACAACGAGCUCACUCUAACAAAUCUGCUUGGCAGCAACUCGAACAAUGUUGUACUUCAGCGAAUGGUGAUAUUUGGAGCGCUGAUAUAAAUUUACAAUGUUCUGUGAAAAAGAUGGAUAGUUUGGGGGUCGUCCCUAUGUUACCGGUGCUACGGCAAAAGCCUUUUGUUGGUGAAGGGAAUUUCGUGGUGUAAGAACGGAAUGGGUCUUGUGGGUAAUAUGCGUGACACGCGAAUGUAAGAGGCUUUUAGUCAUGAACAGUUUCUAACUGGCCUCCACGAAUACCCCUUGUAAAAGGUAAUUCGCGUGUACAUGCAAUGAUAAUUAUGUAAAUAAAAUAUUAUUUGUAUAUUUAUGUGAAUGGCAUAAUAUUCGAUGUGCAAUUGAACUGGACAAUAUUUCGUGUACGAAUUAUUAGACACUGUCACUACUUACAGUAACUUUGUAGGCGGUACUUCCAACUGUUCACCUUAUCUUUUCUCAAACUGGAAUUUGGGACAUCCACUCAAGUUCUGGCAACCUAUCGGAGAUACUCAUUCGGCACAGAAGGUACACUGGCAGU